AUGGCUGUGGAACUCCUUUCACAGGCCGACGGCUAUGGCAUCAUCAUUGGGCUGUCGGUUCUGUUCUGUCUUAUUAUUCUCGCUGCUGUCCGUCUACAAAAGCGUUACCUUUCAGAGGAUAGCGACCAGUCGGAAAUGUUUAUGGUUGCCAAUCGUUCCGUUGGGACUGGCUUGACCGCUUCAGCUGUCUUCUCGAGUUGGAUGUGGAUCAAUGAGAGUGUCUUUUCGGCUGCUUAUACCUACAAAUGGGGUAUUGCACUGCCGAUUUGGUGGGCGAGUGGUCUGUCAUUCCAGAUUGCACUCAUGGCGGUCCUCGGUAUCGUGGCAAAGCUCCGGGUCCCCUACGCCCACACCUCUCUCGAGAUCAUCAGGAUGAGAUACGGAAAGAUUGCCCACGGGCUGUUCAUUGUACUCAACCUUGUGAACAACAUCUUUGGCUGUGGCAGUAUGAUUCUUUCAGGCUCCCAGCUGGUGACGGGAAUGACGGGAAUGCACGUUGUCGCCGCGGCUAUUCUCAUUCCUCUAGGAGUGGUCGUCUAUACUGCCGUCGGUGGUCUCAAGGCGACAUUCUUGACCGACUUCCUGCACACUACGAUCGCCCUCAUCCUCUUAAUCUACUUCUCGCUCGCGGUAUUGACGAACGAGCACAUCGGCGGGGUGUCGGGGUUGUACCAGAAGGUUAAAGCAGCAGAUGUCUAUAUUGAGGGCAACUAUAAAGGAUCGCUCUUGACGAUGAAGUCGAAGAGAUCUCUCCUUUUCGGCCUCGUGCUGAAGUUUGGCAACCUUGCACUUGUCCUCAUGGACACGGCAUUUUGGCAGAAAUCGUUCGCUUCCGAUGUGAACUCGACUGUCCCGGCGUACGACCUCGUGUCUAUUGUUAUCCUCGCCAUCCCAUGGUGUACCGGUACCAUUAUCGGUCUCAGCGCCCGCGCAAUUGAGAACACUCCUGUCUGGGCUGACUAUCCCAAUACUUUGACGGUGAAACAGGUGAAUUCUGGCAUGGUCAUGCCAUAUGUGCUGAGGUCUCUACUUGGCCGGGGUGCGACGGCCGGUCUGCUGGUCCUAAUCUUCAUGGCCAUCACCAGCACCGUGUCUUCGUCCAUGAUCGCUGUGAGCAGUAUAAUCUCUCUCGACUUUUUCCGGACCUACAUCAAUCCACGUGCGUCUGACCGCACGACGCUCAAGGUCAGCCACUGGGGCGUCGUCUUCCACGGCUGUUUCAUGGCCGGGUUUGCCAUCAUGCUCGAGUACGCCGGUGCCACAAACAAUUGGUCCACCUACUUCCGACCGGUCGUUGCAUGCCCUGGCAUUCUACCAAUGGUCUUGACGUUGCUAUGGUCGAGACAAACGAAGUUGGCCGCCAUCCUAAGUCCCAUUCUUGGACUGGCGUCGGGGUUGGCAGUCUGGUUAUCUCUAUCAUACGUUUGGACUGGUGCAAUCAACAUCCAAACAACGCAGACCCAGGUUCCAGGCCUCUACGCAGCUGUUGUUUCCUUUUUCUCGCCGGCUCUCUAUUCCGUAAUCAUCUCCCUCGCAUGGCCGAGCCGCUUCGACUGGCGCGAAUUCCUGAGAAUCGACCUCAUCGAGGACAAGAGCCAGCCCAGCAGCAGUUUGCAGUCCAAAGCACCCAGCACCGAAGCCGUCAAUGAAGUCCUCAAAACAAGCGAAGGUCCUGAGAAAGCAGGGUAUCUCACCACUGGGGAACAGAAUGGCCCUCCAAGUCCGCCGGCCACUCAGUCAAGGGCUCGAAUCCCUCUGGAUCAGGUGGUGCAUCCAUUCGACGAACAGACGCUCCGGCACAUCAGGAAGUGGUUCAAGUACGCCAGCAUCUUCUUCGUGGUCAAUGUCUUGGUCACCAUCGUCCUGUGGCCUCUCCCCCUGUACCGUGACUGGAUUUUCACCCGGAGCUUUUUCGACGGAUGGGUCACCAUGGCGAUCAUCUGGCAUUUUGCCGCCAUGUUCGCUGUCAUUGUAUACCCGUGCUACGACGGCCGACACGAGAUUGCUCGAGCGGUCCGUGGUGUGUUGAAGGACUUGAAGAGGAGAUAA